CGGUACCAGGAAACAGCGGCAGAGUGAGCCCUCCUCUCUUCCCCCUCCUCUCCGGCUCCCAUCAGGACUCCUGUUAGUCACAUGACAGAGCUGGGAAAACCUCCUGACUCCCCGCUCCUCCUCUCCUCCCCUCGCCCCGUCAGUCGACUGUUUUCUCGCUGUCUGUCGGUGUGUGUGUCGGUUAGCCUUCAUCACAAUCAGCCGCAGGAACCGCGCGAACAUGGCGGACACAGCCAGGGACCCUCCACCGGAGCAAACCGACUUCGAGGAGCUGGAGGACGGAGAGGACCUGUUCCCGGAGCCGGCCGCCACACUGGAGUCAGAACCAGCCAGUCUACCUGCUGAAGACAUCAGCACCAACUCAAACGGACCCAAACAAGAUUCACUAUUCGAUGACGACCCAGAGGACCUGUUUGCAGAAGCCACAGAGGAGGUUUCGUUGGACAGUCCGGAGAGAGACGUCCUGCUGUCCGACGGUCCGUCCCCCGCCAUCACCCCCAUCACCCCUCCCACCUCGGUCAUCACCCCCUGCAUCGGCCACGCCCACGACGACAUGUUCACACACUCCUCCUUCGACGAGAUUGAAGAGGAGGAGGGCGGGGAUUCGUUCGACAUGCACAUAUCAGUGUCUGACCCUGAGAAAGUUGGUGAUGGGAUGAAUGCGUACAUGGCCUACAAAGUGACCACCAAGACCUCCAUGUCUCUGUUUAAGCGUAAUGAGUUUUCAGUAAAAAGGCGUUUCAGUGACUUCCUGGGUCUGCACAGUAAACUGGCCUCCAAGUACCUGCACAUAGGCUACAUCGUCCCCCCUGCUCCGGAGAAAAGCAUCGUGGGGAUGACCAAGGUGAAGGUGGGGAAGGAGGAUCAGUCGUCCAACGAGUUUGUGGAGAAGAGGAGGUCGGCGCUGGAGAGGUAUCUGAUGAGAACAGUGAAACAUCCCGUCCUGCUGAAGGAUCCUGACGUCCUGCAGUUCCUGGAGAGCUCAGACUUGCCGCGGGCGGUCAGCACUCAGGCUCUGAGCAGCGCUGGACUCCUCCGAAUGGUCAACAAGGCCGCUGACGCCGUCAACAAGAUGACCAUCAAGAUGAACGAGUCAGACGCCUGGUUCGAGGAGAAGCAGCAGCACUUUGAGAAUCUGGACGUUCAGCUGAGGAAACUUCACGCCAGCGUGGAGUCUCUGGUCUGUCACAGGAAAGAGCUCUCUGUGAACACAGCACAGUUUGCCAAGUCGGCGGCCAUGUUGGGGAACAGCGAGGACCACACGGCUCUGUCUCGAGCUCUGUCCCAGCUGGCGGAGGUGGAGGAGAAGAUCGACCAGCUGCACCAGGACCAGGCCAACGCAGACUUCUACCUCUUCUCUGAGUUACUGGGCGACUACGUCCGCCUCAUCACCGCCGUCAAGGGUGUGUUCGACCACCGUAUGAAGACGUGGCAGAAGUGGCAGGACAGUCAGAUGCUCCUGCAGAAGAAACGAGAAGCUGAAGCCAAACUGCAGUUCACCAACAAACCAGACAAACUGCAGCAGGCGAAAGACGAGAUCAAAGAGCUGGAGGGGAAGGUCCAGCAGGGAGAGAGAGACUUUGAACAAAUCUCCAAAACCAUCCGCAAAGAAGUCAGCAGGUUUGAGAAAGAGAGAGUGAAGGACUUUAAAACAAUCAUUAUCAAAUACCUGGAGUCACUGGUUCAGACACAACAGCAGCUGAUAAAAUACUGGGAGGCCUUCUUACCCGAGGCCAAGGCCAUCUCAUAGAGUCCACACACACACAACAGACAGUCCUGGUCAAACUACACUACCCAUACUGCACCUGUCCUCCUGGGUCUCCCUCCUCCUCCUCCUCCUGAUGCCCCAGAGUGAAGAAGAGAAGUGAGACAGCGAACCAGCUCCAAGUGACAUUUUCACAACAUCGACAAAACUCUUGAUUCCACCAUCUUUUAUUUCUCUGACCUCUGUGCUGCGUUCAGGUCCCGUCAGAGUAACUGUUGUCAGGAACCACAUGAUGCAUUCACAACAAUGAUACUAACAACGAUAACUCACUCGUACUCUUUCCUUCUUGCUGAUGUCAAAAGUUAAAUGUUUCAUCAUCUGAAAACCUGCAGUGAAUGUUAUUUUCAUUUUCCUGUACGACUUGAACGCAGCACGGCGUAAGGCCCAGGUGACGGCUUUCCUCUCCACACAAACACACUGAUGUGGUGUCAGUUUUUACAUUCAGAGCACUUUGAUCACCAGACACGAGGGGAAAGAGAAGUGUUGUUGUUUUUUUAUAUAUAAUCUCAAAGUUUCUCAACAAAGACGAUGUCUACGCUCUGAGGUAAAGACUUUUUAUUCCCACAUAAUUCAAGAAUUUAACACCUUAAAUUUAAGCCUCACUUACUGUCUUUUUCCAGGGCUUUUGACUGUAUCCCACUGCCUUCUUCAGUAAAUAAGAUGGACUCUGGCGUGACAUAAAGGUGGUCGUAUACGGGUGGAGGUUGUAACUCCUCCAUCCUGUAGAAAGCUGUGGGAUAUGGUCAAAAACUCAUUAAAAACCCAGUAAGUGAACCUUGAAUUCACGAGUUCUCUGAUUGGAUGAUUUCCGCAGCAGUGCUCCCUGGGAGUUGUAGUGGAUUUCUCUCCAAACACAGCUGAACCUUUGACUUUUUUGAAACCGAGAAUGUGAAAAUGAGCAGAACUUUUUCUGUAGGACCCCUGAACGCCACAUUUAACCCCACCCUCACCUGUCUGCUUCAUCAGCUGUUAAACAUAAUAAUCCACAAACAUUUUUUUUUUAUUUUACCCAGCAGCACCGGUUCUUUUCUCUGGGGAAUGUAGCUGUUUCUAGAACAGCACAUAAACUUUAUCCACUAAAACAGAAACAAAGUCAGAAUAUCGUUGGUUUUAUUUUAGGAACUUGAGCUGUGAAACUGAUCUGGAGUCAGUGAUGAAGGACGACUGACUGCAUCCUCUCUUAUUUUGUCUCUUGUACUUCCUGUCACCUGUUCGGCCCCCUCACUUCCCCUCACGCCCUCCCUUUCAAAACAAGAGCCCUUUGUUUUUGUUGCUGUAUGAUCGUGAGUGAAGGCAACGUUUUCUGUCUCCGUCCUCUUUGAGCCAAUGAGAGCAGAGAAGGAAGAAAGUCACCCUCUGGUUCAGUUCACUGCUGCUGUCGAUGAACGUUUCCAAACCUUUUCCUCUGCCUGAAACGGCUCCAUUAAUUCCCACAGUUAAUAAGAGUAAACUCUCCGUAGAAUGAUCUGUAUCCUCUGACCUGUGGAAGUUAUAAAUGCUCUUUACUGUCUCUCCACCACAACUGAAACCAUUCAUUGGUUACUGUUAUCAUGACCAGAUUAAAGGGACUGACCGGCUAAGCUAAUAAAAUAAGACAGAGAUUAACACUGGAGCGUCACUUCAGGCCGUGGUACCAGAGACCAGGUCCACAGAUACGUCUACAUAUUUGCGAUUUGUUGUAUAGAAAUAUAAUUUCUAGGAGACCGAGUUGCUCACUGAUGAUUCGACAGUCAGACCAAAGUUAAAGGAGUGAAGAAAUAAACUGAUCUGAGUCACAUUCGAGUUCAGAACCUGCAGCGUGAACAGAACCUCGGUGGUUUUCUUCCUCAUGCUCAGUUUGCACCAAAGAGGAAACGCUGAUGUUCUGAAUUUCAUUUUAUUCAAUGUAACAGAAAGUGAAGGAAUGAAACAGCUUGUUAGCAUCUUCUGAGCAUUUUGAGUUUUGGCAGCUUGUGAUGCUGACGAGUUGUUUUCACUGCAGACGAAGGAUUUUUCUUCUGAAGGAGACUGAACUGAAGCUGAAGUUCAGAGGUGAUGAAGUAGCUCCAGGUGGAAGUGAGUGUGUGUCAGGUGACAGUGUGUGUCCGUCCAGAGAGCAGCUUCUUCAGGCUGUGAGGAUUAUCUUUGCCGGCUGUCUCUCGUCCUGUUGAUCAGCGUGAGGGCUGCAGUUUGAAAUAUUUAACUGCAAAUUCUACAGAAUCUUUUCCUUGAUUUUUUUUAUUUCUGUUAAAUUCAAAGCACAUUUCAUUAUCAGAUUAUAAUCCAACAAACUGAAUCUAUCAGAAGCAUUUUCAUCUCAGAUUAAAGUUGAUUUUAAAGAUGGAAAUAUUUUAGAUUUUUUUACUUUAAGUGCUCAGCCUUCAUCCCCACUGCUCUUCGAUCUUAAAUCAUAUAACACACUGUGUCAAUUGCUACCUUUUGUAUUUUAUUCCAUGGUUUAUUUCCCACUUUAUGUUGCCACCUAAUGGUGCGCAAUGUUUGGAAGUUUUCAGUUGAUUGGUUUUGUUUUUAUUUUGACAGAUGAUGAAAUGCUUUAUGUGAGCAAAUUUUUUUAAACUUUUGGUUUGGCGUGACAUUCCGCGGCAGAGCUGAUGUUUGAGUACUUUAAUUAUAAUAAAGGAAUGUAUCUCA